CCGACUGUCAAUUCGCCCACCAAUUCCACCAUGGACACGGCCAGUGCACCCGCCGACAGCGGCGAAGAGAUUCAACAGGCCGGCGCCAUCCAGGUCGCGCUGUCGGAAUACUACGAGCAGGGCGCCUUCAUGGAGCUGUACUUCGGCCCGGACGGCUCUCCUCACGCUUGCAUCGACGCGUGGGAGCAGGCGUGGGCCGACCAGCACUGGGGCUGUCACGACGCCGACGUUAUUGACCUGUACCCAAGACGCUUAGGGCCCCGCCCUGGCGACGAGACCCGAGACCCGCCUAUCUACCUGCUAGAAUGCUGCGGGCAGAAGCGGCCCUGGGCCUGCGACACCUACCUCCAAUAUGUCUCAGCCGUGCACCCGUGGCUGAUGGCUAUGCGCGACACCCUCCUGGACGUCCUGGGCAAGAUGGACGCCACCCCUAAGUGGCCGCCCGAGACCAAGCUGGCUGUCUUGUAUCUGGGGCCGGGCCCGUUGCGCAUUGGUCAUGAGGACAAGUGGGCCUUCUGGCACAAAAGGCUGCCUAUGGUCUAUCCUGCAAUUGAUCAAGCUUCGGCUGAGGAGCGCCAUCGCAGGGCUAUGGAGAGGAUGAUGGCAAGGUCUGCGGCAGUGAUACGCGCGCGAGAGGAGGAGGCGGCACGAGUAGCCGAGAUGGAGAAAGAAAAGUAAUCUAGGACAGUCUGCUGUAUCUGAAAGGGAAACCAACAUGGCCUCUAAGGGUGAAUCGCGAAGCAGUUGGGGCGAUCUUUGGCCUUUGAAAAAUAAAAUACAAAAUGACGCCUUUUCGAUCAUUUACACACCUAACAACCUUCGUGUCGAUCAGGGCCUAUGGAAUCGGUAUCCGUACUGGUAAUCCGUACUUCAAUUUGUACGCCGUUCGCUGUCCGAAUUCUGGCCCUAUGGUCCGCCAUCUAUCCCGACCAUAUCCCUCUUACCAUCGUAGAUAUACCACUAUAUUUGUACACAUUUAAUUUCAUACAAGGCCA